UGCCGCCCAUUUUCCUCUCUGCCCAUUCCUCCUCGCGUCCACUCCUCUCCAUUUCACUUCCCUUCUUCCUCAUUUCUUCCUCCCAUCCUCUUCACCGCCAGCCCCUUCCUCCUUUGCUCUUCAUUUUCUUUGCUGCCGCAACCCCCACCAGAAUUCCACCAACGUCAGCCCCACACUUCCUCACCGCCACAGCAUCCCCCGAAGUCCAACGCCACCAUUCCAGCGGCUUCAGCUCCAUCGUUCCUCCACGCCAGCCAACAACACUGCCUCCAACUCCAGCAACCAUGACUGACCAGCAACACCGUCCUCACGCACCCCCUUGCUCCCAACACCGUCACAGCCGAGCCAAUCAGCCCUCAACCACAGAAUCAAAUCUCAGCUUGGGCUGAGAGUUGUGCGCCAUUUUCAGCCCCAGUCACCAUAGUUGCUGGAUCUCACCGCCUUCACGCCGCCGUCCCGUGAACCCGCCACCGCCCUAAUCCGCGACUCGUCUGGAACGUCGCAAUUCUAUUGACCAUCGAGGGAUGUUCGUGCGCUCGAGGUUCGGGGCGUGACACUCUCUCUUUAACUGCUUCACUUUCUCGCUGCGCUACAGAAGGGGAGUACACGAGUAGGCAAAUACCGAGAAUCGCAAUCUAGUUCGUUCAAGGAAGAGAGGAAAGCAGAAGAUCAGGAUGUGGAGGCUCAAGAUAGCAGCGGCAGAAGACGGUGCCUCCUUGUACAGCACCAAUAACUUUGCAGGGAGGCAGAUUUGGACUUUUGAUCCUGAGGCUGGCACCAUGGAGGAGUGCGCCGAGGUGGAGGCCGCUCGCCAACAUUUCUACCACCACCGCCACCACGUCAAGCCUUCCCACGACCUCCUCUGGCGCAUGCAGUUCCUGAGGGAGAAGCAAUUCAAGCAGACCAUCCCGCCGGUGAGGGUGGAGGACGGUGAGGAGAUCUCCGAGGACAAGGUGUCUACGGCACUGAGGCGGGCCGUCCACUUCUUCUCUGCCCUGCAGGCCAGCGAUGGCCAUUGGCCUGCUGAGAAUGCCGGCCCUCUCUUCUUCCUCCCUCCCCUGGUCAUGUGCGUCUACAUCACUGGCCACCUCAACGCUGUCUUCACGGUUGAGCACCGCAAAGAGAUUCUCCGCUACAUCUACAACCACCAGAAUGAAGAUGGUGGGUGGGGCUUGCACAUUGAAGGUCACAGCACCAUGUUCUGCACCGUCCUGAGCUACAUAUGCAUGCGCAUUCUUGGGGAAGGGCCCGACGGUGGCAGGGAGGAUGCUUGUACUCGGGCCAGGAAGUGGAUUCAUGACCAUGGAGGGGUUACCUACAUACCCUCCUGGGGCAAGACUUGGCUCUCGAUUCUUGGUGUUUUUGAUUGGUCUGGAAGCAAGCCAAUGCCCCCUGAGUUCUGGAUGUUGCCUUCAUUCCUCCCCAUGCAUCCAGCUAAAAUAUGGUGCUACUGUCGGUUGGUUUACAUGCCCAUGUCAUACCUGUACGGGAAAAAAUUUGUUGGCCCAAUCACUCCUCUUGUUCAACAGUUGAGAGAAGAACUUCAUACUCAACCCUACAAUAUGAUUUGCUGGAGAAAAGUCCGCCAUCUUUGUGCCAAGGAGGAUCUCUACUAUCCCCAUUUUUUAGUGAAGGAUCUGAUGUGGGACAGUCUUUACAUAUUCACUGAGCCUUUUCUCAACUGUUGGCCGUUUAAAAAACUUAGAGAAAAGGCUCUUCAGGUGACGAUGAAGCACAUUCACUAUGAAGAUGAGAACAGUCGAUACAUCACAAUUGGAGCUGUAGAAAAGGUGUUAUGCAUACUUGCUUGCUGGGUAGAAGACCCGGAUGGUGACUCCUUCAAGAAGCAUCUUGCUAGGAUACCGGAUUACCUUUGGGUAGCAGAAGAUGGAAUGAAGAUGCAGAGUUUUGGUAGCCAAGAGUGGGAUACGGGCUUCGCCAUCCAAGCUUUGCUUGCCAGUAAUAUGACUGAGGAGAUAGCACCAGUAUUAGCUAGAGGACACGACUUCAUUAAAAAAUCUCAGGUCAAGGACAACCCUUCAGGUAACUUCAAAAGCAUGCACCGUCAUAUUUCUAAAGGAUCUUGGACAUUUUCGGACCAAGAUCAUGGCUGGCAAGUCUCUGAUUGCACUGCAGAAAGUCUGAAGUGUUGCUUGCUUUUCUCAAUGAUGCCACCUGAUAUUGUUGGUGAGAAAAUGGAGCCAGAGAAAUUGUACGAUGCUGUUAAUGUCUUACUUUCUCUACAAAGUAAAAAUGGCGGAUUGGCAGCAUGGGAACCUGCAGGAGCCCAGGAAUGGCUAGAACUCCUAAAUCCAACAGAGUUCCUUGAGGAUAUUGUCAUCGAGCAUGAAUAUGUUGAAUGCACAUCCUCAGCUAUCCAUGCUUUAGCUUUGUUCCGGAGGUUCUAUCCCAGGCACAGGGAAGAGGAGAUUGAGGAUUUUAUAUCAAAUGCUGUACAGUAUCUCGAGAAUGCACAAAAUCCAGAUGGCUCAUGGUAUGGGGACUGGGGUGUCUGCUUUACAUACGGCUCAUGGUUUGCCCUUGGUGGACUAGCAGCUUCUGGCAAGACAUAUGACAAUUGUGCAGCUAUGCGCAAAGGAGUCGCUUUUCUUCUAAGAGCACAGUUGCAGGAUGGCGGGUGGGGAGAGAGCUAUCUUUCUUGCCUGAAGAAGGAAUACAUACCUCUCGAAGGAAACAGAUCAAAUCUGGUGCAAACUGCUUGGGCUGUGAUGGGUCUGAUUCACGCGGGGCAGGCAGAGAGGGAUCCGACUCCGCUGCACCGGGCCGCCAAGUUGCUCAUCAAUUCACAAACGGAAGAUGGGGAUUAUCCCCAACAGGAAAUCACUGGGGCUUUCAAGAAGAACUGCAUGUUGCACUAUGCCGCUUACAGGAACAUACACCCAUUGUGGGCUCUGGCAGAGUAUCGUAGGCGGGUUCCUUUACCGUCAGCAGCCCUUUGAAGAAGCAAGGCAUACACCAUCACAGCUUCCAUAUUGAGAAAACGCAAGUUUCAUAAUCAUGACAGAUAGACCCAAAGAACUUGCGGUCCAAGAACUGAGGAUCCAAGCUAUGAUGGCGGUGUUAUCCAUACUUCAUUAUAAUAUAAUCUAAACUGUUAUUGAGAUGUAAUCAACUACAAGUUUUUACACGUUCUACCUACACCUUUCGGGGCGUCUAGGAGCAUUUAUAUAUUUUCCCCCUUAAAUUGUUUUCUUUGAAAAA